UGUCCGAUGAAAAACACGUAUCUCCAGUUUUUGCGUUUUUUACUUUUUUUCAUGUGUUGAAUGUGGGAAUGCAUCUCUACCUAUCCAUACAAGUGAAGAUGAAAAUGACCAAUCAAAAGUCUGAAAAAUCGCUCAUCUGUUUUCCGCGUAUCUCCAUUGGCUGCUAGACCUGUCUGUCAAACCGCGUAUCUCCUCCUCCCAACCCCCGCCACCUCUCUCUGUGGACGUGAAGAAAGUUGUUCUCCGGCAGCGUAGCUCAAACACUCAAGACCAGAAAUGUCUCUCUCAUUGAAAGAGCUAUGUGCACUGGUAAAUGUACCGUAUGAUAGGACACUGGAGGAAAAGGUGUUUAGUGAGGAAGAUGAGGAAGACGAGGAAGAGGAUGCACUUUGCCCCAGAAAUAUCUCUGGACAAGAACAGGCCACUGAGGAUGUGCAAGAUCAGGUGGAACAUAAUGAAUCCGAAAAAGACGAUGCACAUUGUUCAAAAAAUAUCUCUGGACAAGAGGAUGCUGCUGAUGGACAAGAUCAAAUGGCACACAAUGGAUCUGAACUAGUGGAUGCACAUUGUUCAAGAAAUAUCUCUGGACAAGAGGAUGCUGCUGAUGGACAAGAUCAAAUGGCACACAAUGGAUCUGAACUAGUGGAGGGCAAUAAAGAAAAUGAUGUAGCUGAGGAGGCUUUAGGUGGAGAGUCUCGCAUGGGAAGACCAAAAAGGCGGACAAACACAGAGACCUGGAAAGUCAACACUCAGAAAAGGAGAAGAAUGAUGGGUCAGUCAUAUCUUGGAAGAAGGCAAAAUGAGGAAGUGACGAGGGAAGAAAGAAAAAUGGGUAGGCCAUGCCAGUCUGUAUUUUGUAGGAAAUCGAAAAAGCUGCACUGUGAAGCAAUACAGGAAGCGGACAGGGAGGCAAUUUUUAAAUACUUCUGGGAAAAAUUAGACUGGAGGGAGAGGAAAAUUUAUGUUGUGUCACUGGUAGAUGUAGGCCCUGUGAGAAGACGACGGACAGGAGAAGAACAGUCAAGGAGGUCAGCAUCCAUUCUGUGUCACCUUAAAGUGGAUGGCAAAAGGACCAGGGUAUGUCAGAGCAUGUUUCUUUCAACACUAGGGAUCAAGCAGUGGUGCUUUCUAAGUUGGGUUGGCCGGAGAGAGCCUGAAAAGAUAAAGAAAACCAGCAUCAGGAAUGAAGAGGUUGAGUUCCUUCAGCAGUUUCUAAAGGACCUUCCUAAGGUUCCAUCUCAUUACUGCAGAUCUUCCUCUACAAAAAUGUACUUGGAACCUCUUUUUAAAUCCAUCAGCCAUCUUCAUUCUGAAUACACCCAUGCUUGUGCAGAAAAUAAUGUCCAGUCUCUUUCAAGACAAGUAUUCAGUAGCAUUUUUAACCAAUUAAAUCUCUCGCUGUUUCACCCCAAGAAAGAUCAGUGCAAUACGUGCUGUUCAUAUAAAGUUGGAAACAUAGAUGCUGGCACAUGGGAAGAACAUUGCAGGAAGAAGGAGUCAGCAAGAGUGAGCAAGCAGGAAGAUAAAAACAAUGCAACUGAGAAAACAAUGGUGGUGUGUAUGGAUCUGCAGGGUUUACUUCUUUGCCCCAAACUUCAAGCCUCAGCACUCUACUAUAAAACCAAGCUUGGUGUCCACAACUUCACAAUGUACAACAUGGCAACCCAUGAUGCUACUAAUUAUUUGUGGCAUGAAGGGGAAGGUGGACUCACAGCUAAUGAAUUUGCUUCAUGUAUCAUCCACUUCCUUGAGGAACACAGCAUGCAUGAUGAAUACAUCUUAUGGAGUGAUGGAUGCAGCUAUCAAAAUCGCAACAUAGUUUUAAGCAAUGCUCUGCUGAAGUUUGCAACUGAGAAGCAAAAGGUCGUUACCCAGAAGUACUUGGAAAAAGGGCAUACACAAAUGGAAUGCGACUCCGUGCACAGCGUGAUAGAGAGAAGACUGAGAGACAGAGACAUCCAUGUUCCAGCCGAGUAUGCCACGGUGAUCAGAGCAGCACGGUCCAAUCCCAGGCCAUACAAUGUGCAAUAUGUCAACCACAGUUUCUUCCAGGACUACAGCAAGCUGAAGCUUUGUAAGUCCAUCCGUCCUGGCAAAAACCCUGGAGAAUCAACUGUGUUUGACCUCCGGGCUAUCAGGUACAACGUGGAUGGUACCAUGGACUACAAAACUGUCCAUGCAGAUGACUGGACACCUUACCUCUCACCCACUCUUAGGAAGAGGAACAGUGACACCACAGUGCUACCACUGUACACAUCCAGCCUGAGAAUCAAGGCGCUGAAAUACAAGCACCUCCAAGAACUUAAGAAUUUCAUUCCCAAGGACUUUCAUGGAUUUUAUGAUUCACUUAACUAUGAGUGAUAUGCAUCACCAGUCUGCAGGUUCACUGUUUAAUGUGGAGUUGGCUCACGUGUGUACAUAAAAAAAAAAAAGCCACAGACCAUUUUCUUGAGUCUGACUGUGAGUCUCAAAACAUGAUUUAUGUGUUUUCCUAAUGAUUUCCCACAAGUAAUUCAGAUUUGUAUCCAAUAUCUACAUGGAAUUUAGUUAUUUAUCAAAAAGAGAUAUAACAUUUUAUUAGUAGUUGAUACAGGUUAUUCUAUUGAAAUGUUUGUUGGUUCGUAUGUUUUUUCUUGUACAUAUCUGAAAUUUAUAUGAGGUUUUUAUUAAAUGAUUGACGUUUCCUCGUACAGUAAAUAAUAACUUGAUUUAUAAAUUACAUUGUCUGUAACUUUUAAAUUUGUAUUAGUUGAAAGGUAUCUAAGUGACAUAGUAAAACAUUUCUUAAUAAAUCUAUAAAUAUCUGUCAUGUUGUGUUCUUGAUGCAGAAUAGAUUAAAAUAUAACAAAUAUUUUACAAUGCAGUAUUUCUGAAUUAUAUUUCUGAAUUAUUCAGAUUUUAGUGUUAAGAAUUGUUCAGUAGGAAUUUCCUAGCUAGUUAUCUGGCUAAACUGAUUUGUGAAAGAUGUAUGCAUUGGUUGAUUCCAAAAGGUGGGAGCAGAGGACACCAGGAGCAUGCAUCCUGCCUCUUUAAAAGGCAGUAAGGUAUUGUGCAAAACAAUAUGUAAACAGUCCAGGUCUUGCUAAUAUAAUCAACUGUUUAAAUAUGCUGUGUUGGGGAAAACCCGUUUUGUAGAAAAAUAUUUUCGUAGUUUUUUUUAAUGUAAUGUUUGGUCUCUUUUGGGGUAUGAGGAUCAGCUGAUCGCGCAUUUCCGCGCGUCAGAUAUUAAACCAGCAUGGAAACAAUAAGUCACACUAAGGAUUCAGUGUGAUUUUUAGUCAAUAACAGUAAUACUAGACUCUGCUCCCGUUAAAACAUGAUUUAUACCGGUAGAGUGUAAGGAGAGCGUUCAAACUGCGCAGCUUGGUGGACGUGACUCUUUGGAAUUCACUGUAACGCCCGCGUAUGGAACACCCGCGUAUGUCCUUUUUGCCG